GCUCGAGAAAUGGCAAUGGAUACAUCAGUCAUAGCAAGGACUUCCUACGCUCAGCUCAACCUUUCCUCUAAUUCUAACGAACCCAUAAUGAAUAUCAUCAGUGGAUUAGUGGCCCUUAUUUAUUUGUUAUCGUGCACCGAAGCAACACCGGUAACAAUGUUUCUUACUGGUAACUCGGAUGCUCAAGAUGGAUCAUCCUUGUACUCCGGACAGUGGAAUAGAAUCGCUCGUAGCUCCCUAGGCGGAGACUACGGUGGCAGUGAUUAUGGUACAUCAGCCCAAGGUGGAUUUGAACCGUCAACCGGGCACUUGGGAGACAGUCAGCACGAUUAUUCCCAGUACGGACAGUUUACCCACGAUACGCAGGAUUCUAAUCACUUUUCAUCGGGUGGUCACGAGGAUAUCGGUGGUCAUGAUUUUCACGUUGAUAAUCACAUACAUUCUGUACCGAUAUCUGAGCAUGUUGAAGUUACAAAACCAAUUACGGUACCUGUCUAUAAAGAAAUAGGUGUUCCAGUGCCUCACCCAGUGAAAAUUCACAUACCUCAUCCGGUGGCUGUGGAGGUACCUCAACCUUAUCCAGUGAUCAUGCCAGUAUCGCAGCCCGUGCCGAUCGAGAUAAUCAAGACUGUAGCUGUUCCGGUGGAGAAGAAGGUGCCCUAUCCUGUGGAGAAACACAUUCCCUUUCCCAUUGAAAAACCAGUGCCAAUAACAAUUGAACGACACAUUCCGGUUCCGGUUGAAAAACCAUAUCCCAUUAGAAUUCCAGUUUACAAAACAAUCCAUCAUCACUCCAAAUCCCACGGCCAUUAGGAGCAAUAGAUUGUAACAUUUGAUUCGAAUUCCCUAGUACAAUGGAAUGUACGAAAACGAUGAUGACUUGUUACAAACGUAGUCUGAUUACAUCGAAUGAGUGAUAUUAAAGUUUUUAUUAUUUGUUACUAAAGUUUUUAUUAUUUGUUGGAGUAUUAUUUUUGUUGAUUACUUUGUAUACUCGACUUUUUGAAAUAAACAUGUGAAUUUAGAUAUGAA